AUGACGUCUCCUGACAAUCACAGGUGUACUACAACAUUCAAACUCAACAACGGAACUUCCAUUCCAGCUAUUGGAUUGGGAACCUGGAAAGCCAGAGAUGAGGAAAGCUAUGAGUCGGUAAUCCAUGCCCUAAAGUCCGGAUACAGACACAUUGACACUGCUGCUGCGUACGCCAACGAGGCUCCUGUCGGAAAAGCCAUCAAAGAUUCGGGAAUUCCCCGGUCUGAAGUUUAUGUGACCACCAAAUUGUGGUGCACUAGGCACAAUGAGCCCGUCAAGGCAUUGAAAGAGUCUCUUGAAAAGUUGGGUUUGAAGUAUGUGGAUUUGUAUUUGAUGCAUUGGCCCGUUCCUUUGAACCCUCAAUCAGGCGAAAAAUUCCCCAUGUUGCCCAAUGGUAAGAGAGACAUUGUGUUCGAUUGGAGUUUUGUAAAGACAUUUGAGUUGAUGCAAGAAUGUGUAAAAUUGGGUCUCGCUAAAUCGAUUGGUGUAUCCAACUUCUCAAUCAAAAACUUGAAAACUCUUUUAGCCGCCAACCUUGAAAUCAAGCCGGUUGCUAACCAAGUGGAACUCCACCCACAAUUACCUCUCUUGGAAUUGGCUGAUUUUUGCAAGCAACACCAGAUUGUCUUGGAAGCUUAUUCUCCUUUAGGAUCGGACGGUGCUCCCGUCUUGAAAGACGAGACUAUCAUCAAGUUGGCAGCAAAGUAUCAAGUGGCUCCAUCAGUGAUUGUGUUCAGUUGGUUGGUUGCUCGUGGAAUCUGUGGUUUACCAAAGUCCAUCAACCCUCUGAGAAUUGAACAGAAUUUGUUGGUGAUCGACCUUGCACCUGAGGACGUUGAGACCAUCAACAAUAUCCACAAGAAGAAGUCCAUUCGUUACAUCAACCCUGAUUGGGACCCAGUUGAUGUCUUUAGUGAAGUCUAG